AAGAGAGCAUGUCAAAUCUCGCUUGGGAAGUAUAUUCAGACUUAACUACCACGCAUGGAAAAGAUAUUAUGCCAAAUAAUAAUGGUCAUUGUUCUCAAGGAACAUUGCUUCGAAAGCCAAAUCGUACACCAUCAUUCGCUUCUAAUGAUGAGCCGACAACACCUAAAGAGCAUGAAGAAACUCAUGAACCAGAUCAAGACACAAACACACACAACUACUCCAGCAAGAAAAGAAUAUACCUCGAAACAUGUCAUUUUGUGAAUGAUGUUGAACACGAUUCAGAAGAUUCCUCAAGUCAAACAUCAUAUUCACCUUUUUCCGAUUCCCUUUUUAUACCACAUUCAUCAAUGCCUUGCAAGCGUACAAAACGACAUUCAUCUUGUCGCCAAACAGUACAGCCCCGCUGGCAUAACCAAUCUUACAUGCUUUUUUUAGCACUCCGGCAACAUCCCGACAACAGUCUUCCAAGGACAGACCUGAUCAAGGCUGCCCUGGCCUUGGAUAAGAAGAUGAGCGAGGAACGGGACCUCCCGAGAGUCUUUCGAGGCAAGACACCCAUGAACUCUGCUUCUGCAAUUCUCACCAACAAUAGUGACGGUUACUUUAUACCCUUCAAACCCCAUGGCAGUCGAUCAAUGCACUUUAAGCUUGCUGAAACUCCCAAAAAAUUUGAAAAAGCUUGUCUGGAAUACAGACAAUGGGAAGAGCACCUCGAAAGAGAAAAGUGGCCCGAUUACUUUGGCUAUGAAGAAAAAAUAGAGCCGCUUGUACACGAGGAAGAAAUAACAGAAUUUGACGAAUUUAUUGCAAGUCGUUUACGCGCCAGACAAGCAAAUCUUCAUCCUUCAAACGGCAGAAUCCUCGAGGAUGAAAGCGUGAAAGACAAGGAAAAAGAAUUGGAGAUAACACAUGUGUCAUAUGAGCAGAGACACACAGAACAUCUUCAUAAUAUUGGAAAUAUGCCUACUUCGUGGAAGGAUUUGGUACGAGUAGAUAAAGGAAAGGGUGUGUUUGCAGUAAGACCUCUACCUCAAAAAAUCCCUCUUGGAUUCUACUUUGGUGCACCUAUGCCCGAGGAUAAGUUUGAGUCCCUAAAAGAAAGUGUCGGAAGUGCAGAUACCUAAGGUGCUCUCGGAAUGUUACUACGAAGUAAAAAACUCAUAUCGAUAGCAGAAAAUAUCCCUAAUAUGAACGUAGUGCAAAAUUUCAUAUAUGGGUAUUGUGUACAUAAUUAUAAAUCUGUGUCGUAGAAAAUACUAUACUCCAAAGAUAAAACCUUGCUUGAAAGUAUGGCAAAUAAAAAGCUAUUUAUUUUGCAUCUACUGUUAAUUAAGUACAAAUAAAUUACUAUUAUCAACC